GGAUCUAGAAACCCUAGUUAACUCCUCCCUAUAUAAACUUAACCUCUCACUUCUCCUCCAGCGCCUCAUUUUCAUUUCUUUCUCUGAACCCUAACCUCAUUUCCUCUUCUCUCGCUCGCAUAGAUCACUAAUGGCGGAGACUGAAACAUUCUCUUUUCAGGCUGAGAUCAACCAGCUUCUCAGUCUCAUCAUCAACACUUUCUACUCCAACAAGGAGAUCUUCCUUCGCGAACUCAUCAGCAACGCCUCCGAUGCUUUGGACAAGAUCCGAUUUGAGAGUUUGACGGACAAGAGCAAGCUCGAUGCGCAGCCAGAGUUGUUUAUUCACAUUAUUCCUGACAAGGAGAACAACACACUGUCCAUUGUUGACAGUGGUAUUGGUAUGACCAAGGCUGAUUUGGUGAACAACCUGGGUACUAUUGCAAGGUCUGGUACCAAGGAAUUUAUGGAAGCCUUGGCUGCUGGUGCUGAUGUCAGCAUGAUUGGGCAGUUCGGUGUUGGUUUCUACUCUGCAUAUCUUGUUGCUGAGAAGGUGGUUGUUACCGCUAAGCACAAUGAUGAUGAGCAGUAUGUUUGGGAAUCGCAAGCGGGUGGGUCAUUCACUGUCACAAGGGAUACAUCUGGUGAGAAUCUUGGCAGGGGUACUAAGAUAACACUCUUCCUCAAGGAAGAUCAGCUUGAGUACCUUGAGGAGCGCCGAUUGAAGGACUUGAUUAAGAAGCAUUCUGAAUUCAUUAGCUAUCCAAUCUCUCUUUGGGUGGAGAAGACUACUGAGAAGGAGAUUUCUGAUGAUGAGGACGAGGAAGAGAAGAAGGAUGAGGAGGGUAAGGUGGAGGAUGUUGACGAAGAAAAGGAGAAAGAGGAGAAGAAGAAAAAAAAGAUUAAGGAGGUGUCUCAUGAGUGGUCAUUGGUGAACAAGCAAAAGCCUAUUUGGAUGAGGAAGCCAGAAGAGAUUACGAAGGAGGAAUAUGCUGCUUUCUACAAGAGUCUUACCAAUGAUUGGGAAGAGCAUUUGGCUGUCAAGCACUUCUCUGUUGAGGGUCAAUUGGAGUUCAAGGCUAUUCUCUUUGUACCCAAGAGAGCACCUUUUGAUCUCUUUGAUACCAGGAAGAAGCCUAACAACAUCAAGCUUUAUGUUCGUCGUGUCUUUAUCAUGGACAACUGUGAGGAGUUGAUUCCAGAAUAUCUUGGAUUUGUUAAGGGUAUUGUGGACUCUGAGGAUCUUCCACUCAACAUUUCAAGAGAAAUGCUGCAACAGAACAAGAUCCUUAAGGUCAUUCGCAAGAACUUGGUUAAGAAGUGCAUUGAGCUUUUCUUUGAAAUUGCCGAGAACAAGGAGGACUACAACAAGUUCUAUGAGGCCUUCUCCAAGAAUUUGAAACUGGGUAUCCAUGAGGAUUCUCAGAACAAGACAAAGAUUGCUGAGUUGCUGAGGUACCACUCUACCAAGAGUGGUGAUGAGAUGACUAGCCUCAAGGACUACGUGACCAGGAUGAAGGAAGGUCAGAACGAUAUCUACUACAUUACUGGUGAAAGCAAGAAAGCGGUUGAGAAUUCUCCCUUCUUGGAGAAGCUGAGGAAGAAGGGGUAUGAAGUUCUUUUCAUGGUUGAUGCUAUUGAUGAGUAUGCUGUUGGUCAGCUGAAGGAAUUUGAGGGCAAAAAAUUGGUCUCUGCCACCAAGGAAGGAUUGAAACUGGACGAGAGUGAAGACGAGAAAAAGAAGAAGGAAGAGCUCAAGGAGAGAUUCGAUGGUCUCUGCAAGGUGAUAAAGGAUGUAUUGGGUGACAAGGUGGAGAAAGUUGUGGUGUCUGAUCGUGUUGUUGAUUCACCAUGCUGUCUCGUGACUGGAGAGUAUGGGUGGACCGCUAACAUGGAGAGGAUUAUGAAAGCUCAGGCAUUGAGGGACAACAGCAUGGCUGGGUACAUGUCAAGCAAGAAGACAAUGGAAAUCAACCCUGAGAAUCCCAUCAUGGAGGAGCUGAGGAAGCGCGCUGAUGCGGACAAGAAUGACAAAUCUGUGAAGGACCUUGUCCUCUUGCUAUUCGAGACUGCCCUCCUCACUUCUGGGUUCAGCCUAGACGACCCAAACACUUUCGGUAACAGGAUCCACAGGAUGUUGAAGCUUGGUCUCAGCAUCGACGAGGAUGCCGCUGAUGCAGAUGCUGACAUGCCCCCACUAGAGGAGGCCGAUGCAGACGCCGAGGGUAGCAAGAUGGAAGAAGUCGAUUAAAUUUGACAACAUGCUUGCUUGUUAGUAGCAACUAUUGAUAAUGCGGGGGAGUCUUUACAUUUUGGCUAUGGUGCUUUUUUUUUUUUUUUUUUUAUCUUGGAUUGAUGACAGUAUUUAAUUCAAAUUAGCUAUAAUUUUCUGGAUUUAGUUGAGUUUAUUUUAUGAUCCCGGAUUAGGUUAUUUUUGUUUUUAGCUUUAGUAAUCGAAUCUAUUUCUGCCGUUUUCUUAUUGUGCCCAGGAAGAUUUCUAACGAGGCCGCCCUUUAAAAAAAAGAAGGAACGUAAUAUAUUUAACUUUUAUUCAAAAGUAUAAUUAAGCAAAUUAAUAUUUUUAAAGAAAUAGCUUUUGAAAAUAAAUUAAUGACAGGAUUGAUGUUUAUGGUCUGUAAAUAUAAGUAGAUUGUCUAAAUUGUGAAUGAAACAUCGGACGCAGCUAUUUAUACUAUGUAGUCUUGAUCAUGCAUUCUCUGUACGUUUCGCUGCUGACAAAAGAGAAAAGCACCAAAUAGAAGCUGACUAGUAUAAAUAGCUGUACAUUUCCAAACCUGCGAGGUAUCCUCAUCGGCAAAAAUCUUCUCUUAAGGCCCUGUGAAAGUCCCAAUGUCUGUCAAGCAGAAAUUGAAUGCUCCGAAUUAAAAUACAAGCAAGCCUGUUAUUUCCAGCUUCUUGCUCUUGGGUCCAGACUUCUCUUGAAAGGGAUUAAAUGACUAAACACCAAAGUUUGUGUUGUCGUGGUUCUAACGUUAGGCGAGUUUUAGGGAAUAUAGCCAACCAUUUGAUUGGUAUCUCAUUAUCCGGAAAAAAAAGCUAGCUUGAAACCACACAAUUAGUUUAUUGAAAUCGUAGAAACGAUGUUGAGAGCACCAUUGUGGGUGCCGGCAGAUAUUUUUAAGUGAAUAAAAUUAGACAUUGGCACC